CAAACUGUUUCCAGACGAAGAAAGGGCGCUUUACCAUGAACAUGGAAAACAUCUCAUCCCAUGGAUGGGGGACAAGAACAUCAUGAUUGAUAGGUCGGUUGAACAAACUUAGACCGAACCAUUAUGCUAACCAUUUAUCCUUACAGUUGGCCUCAGCACUCAAGGGACAACUUGGAGUUUGUCUUGCGGGACUCGGGAAUACCUGCAACUGGCGACGAAUGUUUCCUUUCUUUGUCCGUGCACUUGUUUUUUUUGGAUGUACUGAACUGAUUGUGAAGAUGCAAACUCCUGAUAGUCUUUGCUGACAGUAGCCAUGAUGCUAAACUAUCGAGAAGGUUAUGCAGUUCCUCAGUUGCCAAUGUAUCCGUCACACCAGCUAGAUCCGCUGCAGUCCAGGACAACAUUGAUGCACAAAACAAUUGAUUAACUUUUAAAACAGAAAUACAACUAACUUUAUUUAAAUGUGUCCUGCUGCAUUAGUUUGUGCUGUGUGCCUCAUACACUGGCAAUGGCGUCUAUUUUAGAGACACAAUCGAGAUAUUUAAAUUCCAUAACUAAGACUACACAUGUUAGCUUGUGGUGGGCUUUGCAUCUUGGCAUGUUGGGGAGAUUUUCCUCCCAGAACGUUUUGCCUCCUUCUUAGUGCAAUGCAAUAGCAGUCGUAAUGAAGUGCAACGCAGACGAUGUUUACUUCUCUUUGUCCUUUUCGAAUUGACUUUUGCAGACGGCUCAGUGUGCACAAAGUGGAGUAUGUGCCACAGUCCACGAGGCCAGAGCAAAUUCUAACCAAGACUAAAGUUACAGCAGUUAAGGUGAUUCAAAAUAUCACAAUGCCGAUGUGAAUUGAUGGGGUUCGACUGACUAAAACACGUUUAAUGGGUGCUUUUAAGAAUUGCCACAAAACUGUGGCUGCAUGCGCUGCAGUCAUGUUUUAGUGUUACUUUCAUGCAGAGCACAUACUGACUUACUCAAACCUGAAAAUAGUGCAUUUAUUAUUUUUGAAUCACCUUGAUCUGCGGUGGCCCAACUUGUGUUUCAUUUGUACAGCCUUUGUAUGCGUGUCUUUAUCACAUAACCCAGUUUUCCCCCAGCAAGGUAGGCUAAGGGGUCCGGCCAAACCCUGAAUGCCAACCACAACACCCCAUUUCUUUGUCUUCGUGAAGAAACUGCAACUGAGAAGUGCCGUAGAGGGACGAACCCUGGAAAAUGUCGUCCAUUUGGGUUCUUGCGGAUAGAUACGAUGGGCGUGGUCACUUACAUGACCUCUCCGAGUAUGACAGCGGGUCAUGGAAUACAUCCUACCAGCUGUCGGAGGAAGAGGCCAGGAUUGAGGCGCUGUGCGACGAGGAGAGGUACCUGGCUCUGCACACCGACCUGCUGGAAGAGGAGGCCAGACAAGAGGAGGAGUACAAACGUCUGAGUGAGGCGCUGGCCGAUGAAGGCACCUACACUGCAGUGGCCUUCAAAUACAGUGCUGACUACUACGAUCCCUCUCAGCCCACCGUGGAGGACGAGGCCAACAGGGAAUGUGAAGAUGCAGAGCCCGAGGAGAGUGAGGAACCGUUUGUCGCUCCCCCGGGACUCGCUAUCCCUCCUGAUGUGGAACUGCCGGCAACAAUCAAGACCAAUAACAUCAUCGAGAGGACAGCCAACUUUGUAUCCCAGCAGGGGGCCCAGUUUGAAAUAGUGCUGAAAGCGAAGCAGUCCGGCAACUCCCAGUUUGACUUCCUUCGUUUUGACCAUUACCUGAACCCGUAUUACAAACACAUCCUGCGGGCCAUGAAGGAAGGGCGAUACAAGUUUGUCACCGCCAAGAAGCAAGAGCAGUCGCAGGAAUCCCACUCUGAUGAUUCAGAUGAGGACGGGGAUGGGAAUUACCUCCAUCCCAGCCUGUUUGCCCCGAAAAGGUGCUCGCGCCUGGAGGAGCUGAUGAAGCCUCUUAAAGUAAUGGACCCAGACCAUCCUCUGGCAGCACUCGUACGAAAAGCCCGCCUGGAAAGGAACGGCACGGCGACACUGGAAACCAAAGCAGAAGAAGUGACAGACCCAGCUGUCUCCAGCACACCAGCUGACCCAAAUGCAGCUGCAAUUUCCUACGGGUACUACAUGCUUCCUGAUGGAACGUUCUGCUUGGCUCCGCCUCCCCCAGGGAUCGAUGCCAGCUCCUACUAUAACAGUAUGCCCGCAGCUGUCAUGGCUCCCCCUACGUCUUCUGAUUCCUUGCCUAAUGAUACUAUUGCCAUGGCACCGGCAGCGGCGGCCCCCUCUCAGGUCGCCAGCGCUGCCCCUCCUGCUGCUCCUGCUGUUGUACCAGAAACCAGCUCGAAACCCGAAGCUCAAGUUUCCACACCGGCAUCAGCAGCCAUCAUCCCCCCACCGCCUGACACCCAGCCAGUCAUAGACAAGCUGGCCGAGUACGUCGCGAGGAACGGUUUUAAGUUUGAGGCCAGUGUCCGAGCCAAGAACGAUCCGCGGUUUGACUUUCUGCAGACUUGGAAUCAGUACAACACCUAUUAUGAGUUUAAGAAGAAUUACUUCUUGCAGAAGGAAGGAAGAAGCUUUUCAGAGUACGUCGACGAUGGUGACGACGACGCGCUUCGAUCCGACACGUCGGUCCAGGAUUCCAUGCUGACAAAAGCCUCUUUUGCCCCCAUCUGUUUUGCCAUCAAAGCGAAGGAGAAUGAUAUGCUGCCGCUGGAGAAGAACAGAUUUCGAUUGGACGACGACUCUGACGAGGACAAGUUGCUGGAGGAGCAGGGGCUGGAGGCACUGAUGGGUGGAGCCGACGUGGUUGAUAAGGAUCCUUCUGCAGUCAGUGCGCCAGAAGACAAGAGACCCCCCCUCAGCUUGGAGGAGAUGGAGGCAAAACAAGCCAAGCAGAAACUGGAGGACCGUCUGGCCGCUGCAGCCCGGGAGAAGCUGGCCCAGGCGUCUAAGGAGUCCAAGGAGAAACAGCUGCAGGCGGAGAGGAAGAGGAAGGCAGCGCUCUUCCUCCAGACCCUUCGCAGCCCUUUCGCCGGGGAGGCUGAGGCCAAGCGGGCUGGGCUGGACUCUGCUGCACAGCUUGAGCUGCAAGAGGCCCUCUCCAUCCUGUCUGACCCUCCUCAAGCGUCGUCUGCACCAGCUGCGUAUCCUCCGGAUCAAAGACCGGCCGCGGAGAACAGACGAGCGCAUCGCAGCAGGGAGCCUGCGUCCUCCUCCUCCUCCCACUCGACCUCCAGAGGAGCAGCACGGGAUCGAGAUCGAGACAAAGACAGAGACCGAGACAGAGAGCGAGAGAGAGAGCGAGAGAGAGAUCGAGAGCGAGACAGAGAGCGAGAGAGAGACAGAGAGCGCGAGAGAGACCGAGAGCGGGAUCGAGAGAGAGAGAGGGAAAGAGAAAGAGACAGAGAAAGAGAGAGAGAGAAAGAGAAAGAGAGAGAAAGAGACAGGGUUAGAGAUCGAGACAGGCACAAAGGGAGGGACAAAGACAAAAAGAAGAAGAAACACAAGAGGAGGUCGAGGUCAAGGUCAAAGUCGAAGAGCAAACACACCCUUCCCAGUGCCUACAGGCGAUCCCGCAGGUCCCGAUCCCGCUCGCACUCCCCGGGGAGAAAGGACAGGAGGGGCCCCUCACCCGAGAAGAGACGUGACGAGAGAGAGCGGGAGCGCUAUCAUCCCAGCAGCAGCGCCAGACAGCCCCGGGGACACUCGAGAUCCAGGUCCCCUCAUGAGAAACGAAGGAGCUUCUUGUCAGCUUCAGGACAGAUGAAAAUUGUGGGUUCCUCUCUCUCCCCAUAUUCUUCACCCGGCAGAGUAUUGUCCCCAUCAGCUAGCCCCGCCUCCGAGCGGGCUACCUUCAGGGGUGGUUCUCUGGAGAAGGACAAGACGGUGGCCUCAUCCAUUGUCUCCUCCGUUCAGUCCAAAAUAACUCAGGAGCUGAUGGCCAAAGUGCGAGCCAUGCUCGCCACCUCCAAAGCCUUCCAGCCUCCCACGACCUAAUGAGAGCCGCGCCGACAACAUCGGCCAAUCAGCGAGCCGCAUUCUCCGAUUGCCUGGAGUUUCGUUCGUUGAUCUUGAUUUGGGCGUUGGCGGAUUCAGUUUGAUUCUUUGAUGUCCUCGUCCUGACCUGAGGCCCGCAGCUCGGCCCCUCAUCCCGGCAGCAGCCGGUUAGACUCACUGCAAAUGUGGAAAUAAUCCAUUUGUAGUUUUGCAUCCUGUUUUAAAACUCUACUGACAGCUAUUCUUUGCAGCGUUAUGCGAAGCUGCCGAAGGUCUGUUUUCUCUCCUUCUAUGAAGGGCUGUGUUGUUCUGAUGAGCUCAAUUCUCUCCUCCCUCAUCUACUAUUCUCUGCCGUUGUUUUGCCUUUUAUUUCCGCCCCCAGCUGUCUUUGCUCUCCAGCACCUCACGCGUCUGCUUGAGAAGCCCUUUUUUAAUUCUCUCCCCUGUCGCUCCGCUGCGUGGCCUUUGACUUCAGUUCCUGGUUUGUACUGUGAUGGAAUUUAAUGCAGAACAACUUUGUAAUCCAAACUGUUAAUAAACUUUCAAUUAUGAUUUAUUAA